AUGUUGGUCAAUUUGACAUAUGGGGUAAACUAUAGAAGGGUUUCAAAUUUCUGCGCUCCUUUUUUGACAUUGGGCCUGCAUUUUGAUGAAAUACUUUUUUCCCUCUUUUUUUUUUUUUUUCCAGAUAAGAUUAAACAGGAAAAAGAUAAGAUUGCCCAGGAAAAAGAACAACUCAAGAAGGAAAUUGAGAAGAAGAAGGCUCAAUUCAAGUCUGUAUGGCAAGAAACACCAUUGUAUGCUGAUUGGAGAAAAGAAGAGUUCCAGACUGUAAAUCUGACUCUGGAUGCAGCCACUGCCCAUCCUGCCCUCUUCCUGUCUGAAGAGGGGAGAAGAGUUACCUGGCAAGAACCAUGUCAGGAGCUUCCCAGAUGCUCACAGAGAUUUGUCUCCCUUCCCUGUGUGCUUGGUCAGCUGCAUGUCAGCUCAGGGAGAUACUUCUGGGAGGUGGAGGUUCAGAAUGCACAUUCCUGGGACCUGGGAGUUUGUAGGGAUAAUGUAGCAAGGAAUGGGAGGGUCAAAAUGUCACCACAGAAUGGUUUCUGGGCCAUUAGGCUCUAUGACGGGGAGUACUGGGGCCUCACAUCUCCAGAAACAUAUCUUACUCUAAAAGAAAAACCCUGUAGGGUGGGAGUAUUCCUGGAUUAUGAGGCUGGAGAUGUAUCUUUCUAUAACAUGGUAGAUGGAUCUCACAUCUUCACGUUUUCCAAACAAACAUUUUAUAGUGUCCUAAGACCACUUUUUAGACUUCAGUCCUCUGACUCAGGCUCCUUGACUAUUGUCCAAGUGGAGUAGAACAAUUGUAAUUCAUGUGCCUACCUUUCCCUGACAAUUACAAUUCUCCCCACUAGACACAAACUGAUUUUUUUCCCCUCCCUUACUGGUUUAUUCUCAAGAUAAAGCUCUGAUACACAGACUAGUGGUUGCCCCUCAUAUCAAUUCUUAUUAUUAUGCCUAUGACAGCCUAGUAUAAAGGUUAGAUUUCCUAACAUUCCCUGCCAAAUGUGACUAAAUUAUGACCAGUGCAUUAUAAGAUGAAUUAUUAUCUAUGAUCUUUGGGAGGUGUCCUUAAAGGAAAAUUGGGUGAUGUUCUUAUUUUCUUUAAUUUUUCUGAUGCCUGGAAUGUGGCAUAAUGGAUGGAUUUCUAAGAACAUCUCA